UACCACAGCGCCAUAUCUGCACCUCCUCUUGUCUUCCUGCCGUCGAUAUAAUUAUCCACGUGGACUGAAUCUGCAAGCUUAUAAAUCCAAAGCCGCUUCUUAAGAUUGUGCUAUGUUUUUGCUGUUGUGGGGCUUUAGACGUCGGCAUGUUUCAUCUUGGAGAGGAGGGAAAGAAAAAAGAUCCGAUAAAUGCGUGAGGGGGGCUGUUACGCACGGCGCGUCUCCAUCAUGACGUCGUGAAUUAGCUCAAGAUCGUAGAGGUGGAGAGAGAAAAAAAAGGAGGGGAGUGUGGUGAAUCGCUGUUUCGUCGUUUAUGGUGGGGUUGCGUUUGUAUAUAGUGGAUGUAUGGGACUUUUUUUCUCUGUGGAUUUUUUGUCAUCUCUUCUCUUGGCCAUGCGUAACUGCAGCACACGGAAACAAUCCGAAUGAGAGCCGUCUCGUUUUUGUAAGAUUCUGUUUAGGCACGGAGCAGCUUGCACAUUUACUGUAUAGCCAUAUUAACAGAGCCAUAAAAAUUGUUGCAAAGAUGCAUAUUUCUACCAAAUAAUCUGACACCGGGCUUUUCCCCUGGCGGGUCCCACCCGGAGGACUUACUCUUAUCUUCACUGAGCGCAUCGAAACUAAUAAUCCAGAAAUGGCACGGCUAUUGUUUCUGAUUCUUCUCUGUGCUCUUCCGUCUCUCGUUGUGCCCAUACAUAAUUCAUCAGCUGGAGGCUGUGCCAUCAUCCGGCCUCCCAGGGAUGGUGGGAUCCGCUACAGAGGCCUAACACAAGAACAGAUCCGCAGUGUGCAGAUCCUGCCUGUGGAUUAUGAGAUCGAGUACAUCUGCAGAGGCAACCGAGUGAUCGUAGGACCGAAGGUCAGGAAGUGCUUACCCAACGGCACGUGGACAGACAUGAUGCAGGCCAGCAGAUGUUUGCUGCUGUGCCCGCGGGUGUGGACGUCUCUGGAGAACGGCCGGGUGACGGCGAAGCCUCCCGGGCCCCCCGUGGAAGGAACCGUGCUCCAUUACAGCUGCCACGCCGGCUUCAUCCUGGAGGGCAGAAACAUCAGCCAUUGCACUAAGCUGGGCAAGUGGGACGCGCCGAAACCCACCUGCCUGUGUGCGAGUGUGCGUGUCUCUGUGUGUCAGAGAUACCGACAGACUGUGCUGAAUGUGAACAGAGGGUUCAAACAGCAGGUGUGCAGAGCGUCCAGCCUCCCUCUCAUCAACACCAGCUACAUCGCCGUCACCACGCUUCUCAGAUCGAGAUGA